AUGGGCGACGACAUGGAGAAAGCCGAGGCGCAGCUCCUCCUAAUGCGCCUCUACCGGGACCUCAACCAGCUGUCCACUUGGGUGCCGCUCCUGCUGAUGCGCCUGUACCCGGAUCUCAACCAGCUGUCCGCGGGGGAGCGCGUGCACCUAUACUCAGCCAUCCAUUUCCCGGCCCCCACCUCCCCUGUUCGUGCCUCCCUCUCCCCACCCCCCACCUCCCCCCCAUCCUCCUUCCCCCCCCAGCUCCUGUUAAUGCGCCUGUAUCCGGAUCUCAACCAGCUGUCCGCGGGGGAGCGCGUGCAGCAGCGCGUGAAGCGCAUGGGCGGCAACGUUCGGCAGCUAGUGGAGCAGCUGUGGGCGGAGGUGGAGGACAUGGAGCGCGCGCGCAUGCAGGCCCGGGCGGCACGGGCGGGGGGAACCGGAGGAGGAAGGGGCGGUGAAGCUUCCUCCGGAGUGGUUUCGUCUCCUGGUGGUGGAACAUCUGUCGGUGAAGCUGGUAGUUCCGCCGUUACAUCUGCCGUUUCAUCUUCUGACGCUGGAACUGGCGCGAAAGCGAAGGAGAAGGAGGAGGAGAGGGAGGAAGUUUUGCCAGUAUUACAGAGGCCAGCGGGGUUUGGGCGGUUCGAUAGUGCUGCAGAGGCGAGCAAGGUCUCUUCUGACAAGGGCGUGCCAGGGGAGACGAUGGGAGGAAAGGGGAAGAAGGGGAAGAAGGGGAGAGAGGAGAGGGAAGAGGUGAUGCCCGUGUUGCAGAGGCCAGCAGGGUCUGUGAGGGCUGUGAGUGCGGCUGAGGCAAGCACGGUGGUUGAUAAGGGUGUGGAAGGGGAGGCGAAGCAGGCGAAAAAGGAGGAAGAGGAGAAGAGGGAAGAGUUCGUGCCAGUGCUGCAGAGGCCAGCAGGGUCUGUGAGGGCUGUGAGUGCGGCUGAGGCAGGCACGGUGGUUAAUAAGGGUGUGGAGGGGGAGAGGACGCAGAAGAAGGAGGAAGAGGAGAGGGAAGGGGUGAUGCCCGUGUUGCAGAGGCCAGCAGGGUCUUUGUGUGCGGUAGAAGCAAGCACAGGCGUGGAGGGGGAGACGAAGCAGAAGGAGGAGAAAGAGGAGAGGGAAGCGGUGCCAGUGUUGCACAGGCCAGCGGGGUCUGUGCGUGCAGUAGAGGCGAGCAGCACAGCGGUUGAUAAAGCUGUUGAGGAGGAGGGGAAGCAGAAGGGUGUGGGGAAAAAGGAGAAGGAACAGGCACUGCCAGCGUUGCAGAGGCCUGUGAGUGGGACGGCUGUCGGGAUUGCUGAGUCGACUGAAAAGACUAGCAAGGUUGCCGGAGUCCUGUUCCGACCCCUCGCGCCCUCCCGUUCCCCCUGCCACCCCCAUUCUUUCCACCUCUCUCAUCUCAAGUCGCUGGGAACCAGCAAGCCACUGGCUGUAACACCUAUUCCCAAGGGCCUUCCCACCGCCAUCACCCCUCCGCCUGUUGACCUGCGCCGCACCCGUCCUGAUUCCCCUCGCCCGCCCUUCCCCCCCAAACCCUGUUCUCUCCCCCACUGCAGGCCUUCCAAGCCUGUGACCACCAGCAGCCCCCAGGCUGUGUCGCCUAUCCCCAACGGCCCGCCCCCCAUCGUCACCCCGCCACCUGUUGACCUGCCAGCCCCUCCCCUCCCUACCCUCCCACCCCGUUUUUCCCCACUCUCCAGGCCUUCCAAGCCUCUGAACACCAGCAACCCCCAGGCUGUGACGCCUAUCCCCAAGGGCCUUCCCCCCGUCGUCACCCCUCCACCUGUCGACCUGCGCCGCACCCGCCCCGACUCCCCCUGCCCGCCCCUCCCCCCCAAACCACGCCCUUUCCUCUCCUCGCCUGCCCCUGCCCCGCCUCCUGCUGCCGAAGCUGUUCCUGUCCCUGCUGAUGCCGCUUCUACUCCUGCUGCUCCUCCUGCUGCUGCUGCUGCUGCUCCUGCUGCUGCUGCUGCUGCUGCUGCUCCCACCACUGCCACUGCCUCUUCUGCUGCUGAUAAUGCUGGUGUUGAUAUCACUUCGCUAAGUGCUGCUGCUGAUUCCCAUAGCAGUGAUGAUCUGCUGAAGGGCAUCAAACUGUGGGGCCUCAAUACUUCUCCUGAGCACAUGGCACAUGGCACAUGGCAGGAGGAGAAGGCGAUUCAGCAAGCAGAGAAGGAGCGCACAACAGUGCCAGCCAAGGUCGUCAGCUGCAACCACGGCGGCCUCGUGCUUUCACUCAACGGCGUACAAGCCUUCCUCCCAGCCAGCUACAUGCACCCGGAGCUGCGCCGGUGGAGCUUCCGAGGCUGGCUCCGAGCCAACGGGCACGACCCGAACCUGUUUGGGGCGCGGGAGGAGAGUGGUGGAGGGGAGGGGGGAGGCAGGGAAGGGGAGAAAUGGAAGGCAUGGAACAAGGGGAAAGAAGGGAAAGAAGGGAAAAAGGGGGAAGAGAAGGAAGAGGGGGGAGAAGAGGGGAGAAUGGAAGGAGAGGGGGGAGAGGGAGAAGAGCAGGCAGGUGGAGGGGAGGGUGUGGAGGCCUUGAGGGUUCAGCUGAGUGAGCAGUACACUCAGGAAAAACUCACUCUCUUCUCGUCCUAUGUGGGGGAGGAGGUGCGAGUGAGAGUUGAAAGGUGUGACUCUAAGACGCGCUCUGUCUUUGUGACACAAAGGGGGGCUGAUCUGGAAGACGAGGAGAGGGUGGAGCGAAGGGAGCAGCUGCAGCACCGGCUGGAAGCUGGGGAUGCUGUAACGUCCACAGUGGUGUACAUUGGUGACAUGAACAUGACCGUUCAGGUGGAGGGAGUGAACGUCAUGAUCCAUUAUGACAGUAUCCGGCAGCUGAAGCAAGGACCAGUGGACACGUGGCCCUUCCCCAUUGGCCAUUCCCUGCCAGUGCAUGUGCUUCGCAGCAAACCCGUCCAAAAGCGCCUGCUCUUUGCACUGGAGCCGCUGCAAGGGCAGCAGCCGGGGCAGGGGCAGGGGCAGCACCAACAGCAGAGGAAGCAGCGGCAGCAAAUAAAGUCUCCCGCACUCUUUUCUCCCUCCCCCCUGCACCCCGCUCACCCCAGUCCCUCGGCUGAGCUGGAAGCAGUGGCAGCCAGUCUCAGAGAGACACCUGGCAUAACGUCGGUGACUCUGGGGCGUGUGAUUGGUGGAGGCGCCUUGGCUCCUGGAUUUCAGUUGCCCACGCGCACGCGGGUGGGCGAGUGGGAAGCUCAUCGCGACGACUACGAGGGGAUGAAGGAGGAGGAGGACGAAGCAGACGAGCCCGACGUGCCUUCCUUCCCCGCGCUCGAGGCUGCUGUUGACGCCGCUAUUGCGCGGCUGGGUGGGUUUGUGCUGCCGAAACUCAACUGGAGCUGCCCUAAGGACGUGGGUUGGCUGAGUGCAACGGGCACGCCCAAGUGCUGCAAUGCCCAGGAGGUCUUUCUGCUGCUCAAGGCCUCCGACUCCCUCACCUACGACCUCUGCCAUGCCUUUGACAGUUGUAUUGACUCUUCUGCAGCUGGUGGUUCUUCACAUGCGGAAGCACCUUCAGUAGCCGAUUGUUCCGAGACUAGCAACGGCAGGAGCAAUGGCGGAGCACAUGUGGUGGCUACAGGAACAGAUGAGAAGCAGCAGGAGCCGACCAGGGCUGAGAGGAAUGGUGGUGCAAAGCCGUGGGAAGAGCAGCACGCAGAAGAGGUGGAGCAGCAUGAGUGUGCGCAGCAGAGCCGUCCGUCUGAGUUCGUUCUCGCCUUGCGCAAGUGGUUUGACCUUCGGCCAGAAAUGGAGUUUCGCUGCUUUGUCAAGGCCCAUCAACUCAUUGAAUUGGAGGAGUUAUCGAAUGAGGCUGAUAAGAGCGAGGACACGGAUGAUACGGGAGCAAGUGUGGAGGCAGCAGAGAAGCAGGAAGAGGAGAUAGUCACCAUGGAGGCAGCAGCAGUGAAUGGUGGAGAUGGAGAUGGUGUCAACACUUUUGCAGCAGCGAUCGUGGUUGAAGAUGAAGCAGUAAAUGCGAAGUGUGUAGGAGUCGCUGUGAAAGGGGACAUCAUGGUGAAAGGAUCAAAGGCGAAUGCAACUGCAAAGGGGCGAGUGCUUACAAAGGAGGAACACGUUGAGGGGUAUGAGACCCGAGAGGUGUUGAGUGUUGAGAUGCCGAGGAGAAGCGAGAGGCUCAAGAAAAUGUUUCAUGGAUUGGAUGUCAAGGCGCUCAACUUCAAGACACGUAAGGAGAGGUUCAAGGUGCAGGAGCUGCAGGGGAGUGUGAAGGCGACUUAG